GCUUCCAAAAUCCCUCUAGAUUACCGUUAUGGAUCAUUAAGUUAGUCAGCGUUUACGCAUUUUAUCAGAGGCGGCACGAACCAAAGGACAUUGGUUUAUCAGCCAUGUACCUUUUUAUUGGUCUGAGCAUACUGCUUAUUGCGGUGGGUGCUGCAGAUCACCCUAUUUCCUGGUACCGUGAGUUUGAGGAAGAAUUGCGCCAAGAUUCUUCAGCGAGAAACGAUGAACAGAUCUACAGGCUCCCUGGUGAUGUUGUUCCGUUGGAAUACGACAUUUACAUAGAUAUGUAUUUCAAUGAAAGAACUGAUCGACCCUUUAGCUAUGAUGGGAGAGAGACCAUCAUCAUUCAGGCUGUCACAGAAAAUGUGACUCAAAUAACGUUACACGCCAACGUGGACAGGAUAAACGCCAUCAGCGUCCUAACAGAUGCUGGGAUGCUGGUACCAGUUAACACACAGCAGCCAUUCUUUACCGAGCCUCUGUACCAUUUCCUCAAGAUCAACCUUGCCCAGAAUUUGGUGGUUGGUCAGAACUACACCUUGUUUAUAGAUUACACGAGUACAAUGAAUGAAGGACCCAUGAAGAGAGGUAUUUGGCGAGGGUCAUACAUUGAUGCCAAUAACCAGGAAAGGUUCUACGCCACCACACACUUCCAGCCCUAUAAUGCGAGGCAGGCGUUCCCGUGCUGGGAUGAGCCCCUAUAUAAAGCGGUGUUCAAACUUCACCUUUCCAGACCUUCACAUUUCACUAACAGUUACUCAAAUACGGGUGUACGCCUUAUUGAGAGUGACCUGAGAAACCGUAUUCGGGAACACUUCUGGCCUACACCCAGAAUGUCCUCCUACUUGCUAACCUUACUCGUCAGUGAGUCAUUCCAAGUGAUCGCUGAAGACAGAAGCUUUAGUCCUGCCAUUAGGAUCAUCGGAAGAUCCAACACUGUGGGUCUUGCUGACAGAGCGUUGGAAUUCGCUGUGAAAAUGACACAGCACUUUGACGAAUUUCUUCAAUAUCCGUACGCGGAAUUGGACCCGCAUCUGAAUAAUGAUCAUAUUUCGUCGCCGGACUGGGCGUCUGCUGGCACAGAAAACUGGGGUAUGGUCAGUUAUAGGGAGCUGUACCUAAUUCUAAACUCUAGUGAGACGAUCAUGUCUGUGGAGCACUACGCUUCCACUCUGGUCACCCAUGAGCUGGCCCACAAAUGGUUUGGAAACCUCAUCACUUGUUACUGGUGGAGCAACACUUGGAUCAAUGAAGGUUUUGCCAGUUACUUUGGAUACAUUGCCACUAACCAGAUUUUCCCUGAAUACGAGCUCCACGAGCACUUCAACUCUCGCUAUCUCCAAGCGACGCUCUCCUUCGACUCUGGCACUGGCACCGUACCCAUGAACCAUGACGUCAACACUCCCGCGCAGGUCACCGGCCACUUCGGAACCAUCAGCUACAACAAAGCUGCGUCAUUCUUGAGGAUGACUGUUAAUAUGAUCACGCAGGACACUUUCAGGAAGGCCUGCCAGUACUUCUUAAGGGAAAAUUCUUACGAGCCAACCGACCAAUACGACUUGUUUAGCGCGUUUGAUCGGGCAGUGACUGAAGAUGGUACCCUGAACGAGUACUUGCAUUUCAACUUUACCCAUUACUACGACGUUUGGGUAAAUCAACCUGGUUACCCAAUUUUGAUGGUCGAGAUCAACCAUUCAACAGGAGAUAUGCAACUCAGUCAAGAAAGGUUCUUCCUAAGUGCCUCAGCAACACCUACGGGUCAGAUCUAUCCCAUACCUAUCACUUACUCUACAAAAUCAAGCCGUGACUUCGAAAACCUGAAACCAGUUUACACGAUGACGUCAGAUAAAGCUGUCCGUACAAAGGCAGUUGGCGAAGAGUGGGUCAUUUUCAAUCAUCAGCAACAUGGUAUUUACAGAGUAAACUACGAUGAUAAAACGUGGGAUUUGAUUGGAGACGCUUUAGUCAAUGAACCAGGAAACAUACACCACUUAAACAGAGCACAAGUCGUCGAUGAUGUAUUUGCUUUAAUGAGGUCAGGGAGACUGACAUACGCUAAAGGGUUCCAUAUCCUGAAGUUCCUGUACAAAGAAACCAACUACCACGUAUGGAACCCAGCCAUCAGCGGGCUCUCCUGGUUGCGAAACAGGUUGAGGUUUUUGCCCGAACAAUUGGCAGAGUUUGAUUCCAUCAUCCUCGGCUACAUGGAUCACGUGAUAUCGGAGCUUGGAUUCGAGCCAGCUGAGAACGAAACUCCAACUGUGAGUCUGACUCGCCAGGAGAUCCUUCAGUUGGCUUGCAACAUCGGCCACCAGAAGUGUGUGGAGGAUUCGCAGGAAAAGUUCAACGCUAUGAAAGAUGAAGUUUGGAUUGACCCGCGUAUCCGCCGUCACGUCUACAUGACGGGAGUCCGGGAAGGUGGUCGCGAGGAGUUCGAGUUUGUUCUCCGCAGACACCAGCAGUCCAACUAUGCUAAUGACCAGCUCGAGAUGUUGAGAGCUCUUGCAGCUACUAGAGACCCACAGCUGUUGACUGAAUACUUAGAACUGACAUUGACUUCAACAGUGAGGUCUCACGACAAACUGAACUCGUUCAACUUUGCUCUGACUGGGAACCCGGAUAAUGUCUACACCGUGCUUGAAUUCGUGAAGAACAAUAUUAAUGCUAUAAGAGUCGCUUACAUUGAAGAUGCCCCGCCCACACCUGUUAAUUCAGCAUUGAAUAACAUUGCUGCGUAUCUGGACGAGCCUGGACUAGUGGAUUACGAAGAAUGGCUUCGCACCACUCAAGUCGGCACCAUGCAGUAUUCCGGUGCUCUCUCCUCCAUCCAAUCAGCUCGAGCGAACAAUGAAUGGGGUGCCAACAACGCUGAUAUGAUCCUGUCAGCUAUGAGAGAUGGUUCUGCAACGGUUGUAGUGUCGACAGCAUUGCUGCUAGCCACUGCAGUUUUAGUUAGACUUGUAUGAUUGUGAAUAGGAAUAAGUGAUAUUUUUGUAAUAAAUGCUUUUUUGAUAAAAAA